UUGCUACGUGUACAAGUAAUUAUUAUGAAUGUACGAAGUUAAUUCGCACAGUAUCUAUCACCUUCACAAAAAAAAAAAAAGAAAAAAGAAAAAAGUUGGCAUUGGGUAUGCAAUGAUGUGGAAAAGAAUAUGGUUCUGUGGAAAGGAAUGAUCAUAUAGUGCGUGUUUAUGUGCUGAGAGAGAGAUAUAGAGAGAGAGAGAGAGAGGAGAGAGAGAUAUAGAGAGAGAGAGAGAUGAGGAGCGAGGUGAAGAACGACAAGAACAAGGAAGAUGAAUUCGAGGUUGUGAAGGAAGUUGAAUCUCACGAGGUGGUCUCUUGCUCCACAUAUUUGUCUCUAUUGACUUCCAAUGAUCGUGAUUUUCUUCUCUCUCAGACUGGAACUCAGAUUUUGGGUGUCUCAACCUCAACAUUCCGGGGCUUAUUUGAAUCCCAUUUUACCUAUUAUCUCAACAUCAAAGUUACAUUAUCUUUUGAGUCAAGACAUCCUAAAAAUGGUUAAAAUUUCUGACCUUGAAGGAAAAGUUAUUGGCCUUUACUUCUCAGCCAACUGGUAUCAACCAUGUCAAAACUUCAACCAAGUUUUAGUUGAUGCUUACGAGCAGCUUAAAAGCUGUGGAUUGGGUUUGGGUUUUGAGAUUGUCUUUGUCUCGUCUGAUGAAGACUUGGAUGCUUUUAACAAGUAUCGCUCAGUCAUGCCAUGGCUUGCAAUUCCAUUUUCUGAUUUGGAGACGAAGAAAGCAUUGAACCGAAGGUUUGAUAUCGAAGGCAUUCCUUGCUUAAUCAUCCUCCAACCGAACUGGACCAAAGACGAUUCAACAUUAUAUGAUGGAGUUGAACUCAUUUACCGGUAUGGGGUACAAGCAUUUCCAUUUACUAAGGAGAAGUUGGAGGAAUUGCAGAAGGAAGAGAGGGAAAAGCAUGAAAAGCAGACCGUAAUCAGUUUGCUAACAAACCAUGAUAGAGACUUCCUCUUGAGUCAUCCCACACCUAAGCAGGUACCAGUUGCUUCGUUAAUGGGCAAAACCGUUGGACUCUACUUCUCAGCUCAGUGGUGCCUUCCAGGAAUGAAGUUCACUCCUAAACUUAUCUCCAUCUAUCAUAAGAUUAAGCAAACGCUGGAAAAGGGUCAAGGUGAUGAGGACUUCGAAAUAGUGUUCGUGUCAAGUGAUCGUGACCAAAUGGCAUUCGACACGUACUUCAGUGCCAUGCCAUGGCUGGCAUUGCCUUUUGGUGACCCAACCAUCAAAAACCUCACCAAGUACUUCAACAUUCAAGGAAUCCCAAGUUUGGUAAUUUUGGGCGGGGAUGGCAAAACCAUAACCAAGCAAGGGAGGAACCUCGUAAACUUGUAUAAAGAAAAUGCAUACCCUUUCACUGAGGCCAGAGUGGAGGCACUAGUGAAGCAAAUGGAUGAAGAGGCUAAGAACCUCCCCCUAUUGGAGUACCAUGCCGGGCACCACCAUGAGCUCACAUUGGUAUCCGAAGGCACGGGUGGAGGCCCCUUUAUAUGUUGUGAUUGUGAUGAACAAGGGUCCGGUUGGGCGUACCAGUGCAUGGAGUGUGGGUACGAGGUGCACCCCAAGUGUGUGAGGUCCAAGGAUCAUAGUCAAACUGGUGAUAGGUGAUUGAUGUUGUUGUUAAUUAAGCCUACUGGUUUGUUUUCUUCUUGAAGCUAAAUCAACGGGGUUUUAUCUGUUAACCUAAGUACAAGGGAUUGUGUCUUCCCUUUUAAGAAAAAAUUAGUUGCUUAUGUAUAUGGAAUUGGAUUCUAUGCACGUAGUUAAACUUUGAAAAUUAUCUUAAUGGAUUCUUGCCCUGAUGCUUAUGGGUUGAAUUAAGGAGAAUUAUUGAAUCUCA